GAAGCGGCCGCCGCCCGCCCGUUCGCCCGUUCGCCCUCCCGCCCCGCCGGGCCGCACCAUGUUGUCGUGGCUGCGGAGGCGCCCCCCGUGCGGCCUGUCGUUGGCCCUGCCGCGCCGCGUCCUGGGCUGGCUGGGCCCGGGCCCGGGGGCCGAGCGUCUGCGGCGGGCGGCCCGCGCCCCCCCGACCCCACGGGGCCCGGCCCGGGCCUGGAACCUCAUGGCCGCCCUCACCGGCAUCUUCCUCUGGGAGGACCAGAGGAUUCGCCAGGAGGAGCUGCACAGGUCUAUUGGCGAGAUGAGCCGGAUGGAAGAAAUGUGCGGCGUGUUCCAGAGCGGCGGAGGAGAGUGCCGUGCCCCGCAGAUGAAAGUUCCAGCCGAAGGAAAGGCGGACGCAGCCAGCAAGGAGCAGCCGUGGGAAAUGGUGAUGGAUAAGAAACACUUCAAACUCUGGAGGCGACCGAUUCCUGGGACACAGCUGUACCAGUAUAGAGUUUUUGGGACGUACACAGACGUGACCCCCCGGCAGUUCUUCAAUGUUCAGCUGGACACCGAGUAUAGGAAGAAGUGGGAUGCCCUGGUCAUCAAACUGGAAGUGAUCGAGAGGGACGUGGUUAGCGGAUCAGAGGUUCUGCACUGGGUAACUCACUUCCCUUACCCCAUGUACUCCCGGGAUUACGUGUAUGUCCGGCGUUACAGCGUGGAUCACGAAAACAAUCUGAUGGUGCUGGUGUCCCGGGCAGUGGAGCACCCCGGGGUGCCAGAAUCUCCGGAGUUCGUGCGAGUCCGGUCUUAUGAGUCCCAGAUGGUCAUUCGCCCCCAUAAAUCAUUUGAUGAAAACGGUUUCGAUUACUUGCUGACAUACAGCGACAACCCCCAGACUGUGUUUCCCCGGUACUGCGUCAGCUGGAUGGUCUCCAGCGGUAUGCCAGAUUUCCUGGAGAAGCUGCACACGGCCACUCUGAAAGCCAAGAACAUGGAGAUCAAAGUCAAGGACUACAUCUCGGCCAAGCCCCUGGAAGCUGGCAGUGAGGCCAAGGCGGGGGCCGUGACCCCCGAGCGCAAGAGCGAAGGCUCCCGUGGCCCCGCCCGCAUUGAAUACGCCUGAGAGAGGAGGCAUUUCCGGCCGGCGCCGUAGACUCGGAUGAGCCGUGUGCCCGGUGAGAGCCCAGCGGCCCUCGCCCAGCAGCCCAGCGACCGGAACCUCCGUCAUCUGUACCAGGCUUUACCUUGUGCCGUCUCCUCGUCCCCGACACUCACGCACCCGUCCGUCCGCUCGCCGCCCCGCCGUCCCUUCCAGCCCCUCCCCCUCCGAGUACGCGAGGCUGUUAGAUUCAGGAAAGCUGGCCCGUCCCCAGACAGGAAGGAGGCCCGUGUCUCCACGUGCAGCAUUGGGUGCCUCACUGAGCUGCCCAAGGGCAAGCCUCCCCAGACAGGAAGGAGGCCCGUGUCUCCACGUGCAGCAUUGGGUGCCUCACUGAGCUGCCCUAGGACAAGCCUCUUCGCUCCGCAAGAACGGAAACCCUUUUUUCCCUGUUCGAGCUCUUUCCCCAGUGGUUUUUUUCCUUCGCCCUGACUCCCGGAGGCCCCACACAGCAGCACUGCCCUAUUCCACACCGGGCACGGUGCGGGGGGGUCUCACCAGGGAGGGGAAGGAUGGCUCGUGGCGACCGAUCUUUGAGGAUGUUGACCGCGUGUUGGUUUUCCCCUGUGGCCCAAGUGCCUUCUCUUCCCUUCACUCCGUGCGUGUGCACGAAUGUGCGUGGAUGCAGAGUUUGCGGUCAGCCACGGAGGGGCCGGACCCCCCCAAUCCCCAUCGUGCCCCGCUCUUCCCAUCUGGUCCGGCGCCCGGUUUGGCCGGUAGAACACGGCCCGAUCUCCACCCGGGGAGCCGCGAAGGAAAACCCCUGGAAACCUAGCCUGCUGCCUCAACCGGUGUGCUGACGGCCGGAUGGGUCGUGGGGGGAGGAGAGCCGCUUGAAAUUUUGCAUUAAACUUUUUUUUUUUAAUUUUCUAUUUUAAUUUCUGGGCGGGGAGGGGGGAAUAGGGAAGCCCAAUGAUUGCUGCUAGCUUUGCAGGUCCUCUGUAAUCCCAAUGCCAAGAAAAUCCUUCCCGCUUUGUGUCUGAAGCGUCCCGAUGUUUGCGUAGCUCCUGCCCGUGGGGUGAGCCUAGGUGUGAUGACCUAGGGGACCGACUGGGCCCCCGGGCCCCUAUUAGCUUGUGAAUUACCCGCCGCCCGAGGGGGUCAAUCCUGAGACCUGGGCAACCCCUCCCUCCUUAGAGCGUCAGAAGACCAGACCGGCCGGAGGGUGGGGAAAGCUGACCCGCCCAGGAGCAAAUUAGCCGUCCGAUAGCGGCUGAGAUGCGGGAGUUCACCCUCCGCGUUCCUAGUCUCAGAUUGACCCGUAUCCCCUUCCGAAGCCAGCGGAGGAGGAAGCCGGAAAGGGACCCUCCCCGCCGGCCCCGGCCCCCGCCCACCCGACGUCCCAGGGCUGUCCCUGCUCGGCGCGUUGGAACUGACCGCGCCUCUGACUCGGUUUACCCCAGCUAGACCCGCCUCGUUCCGACCGGUUACGUUCGCCAGAGGGGCAGAUACCAAAGGCUCAAGUCGGAGAGUCCCAUCUGGGUUUGGGAUGGCCGCGCUGCCGGCGAUGGGACGGAUGAAUUAACAGCAAGUCAGAUGGGUUCUCCAGUGAGGCGGGGGCCCACCCCGCCCGUCUUUCCCUUUGCGACACCCUUUUCCGGCUUCAGUCCCGUGCCAAGGAAAUGCCCGACCCCCGCUUCCUUUCCAGCCCUCCACCGUGUGGAUCGUUCCCGGGACAGAUGAUGCAUCACGGCCGGACCCACGGGCGCACGGUGCAGCCUGGACUCCCGCCCCCUGCCCCGCCACCUCUCCCCGUUCCCCGGGGUCCAGCCGAGUCCCGGGACUGGCCGCUGGGGUCCGGCGGUAGCCGGUACCUGCGAGUGACGUGGCGUGGGUGAGAACGGAUUCCCGUCCAAGAGGGCUGUGCUGUUGGAGACGCUCGGUGCUCUGCCCUGCUUCAGUUCUCUGGAUGCUUGGCCUGGGCUCGCAUUAGCGUAGCUGUUCCUGGAAUUGUAACAAUUUCACUAAUGACUGUGGCUUUUUUUUUUUUAAAUCAAAUGUGUGAAUAAAUUUACAGAUUGGUACAAAAA